GCGUCUCGCUUGGUUCUUGCGAGAGAAACUCUGUUAUUACCAGAAUCGAUAUUAAAUCUUCCCCGCUAAUUCAACGGUACCCGUCCCUGAUGUCCCAGCAGCCGCAGCAGACCCUGCCCUCCGCCCCGGACUCCCCGGCGCUGGUGGUCACCAGCAAUGUGCAGAAAUAUGCCAUCAAGAAGAAGAAAGUGCUGAGUGCUGAAGAGGCUGAGCUGUUUGAGCUGACCCAGGCUGCAGGCAUCACUGUGGACCAGGAGGUCUUCAAGAUCAUAGUGGACCUGUUAAAGAUGAAUGUUGCCCCUCAGGCGGUCUUCCAGACCCUGAAGGCGAUGUGUGCAGGUCAGAGGGUCGCUGACAGCUUCAUCGGUGGCGAGACUUCAACCGCCUCCCACGCCACCAGCGUCCCCACAGCGCCAACAGAGCCCAGAGAAGAGGACUCUUUGGUCUCUGGAAAGAGCCCUAAACCUCCUGCAGCUCCCCCCUCAGCGUCGGGCCCCAGGGCCACAAGGGUCAACACUAAGAUUGUGGUCUAUGGCCCCCAAGACGCUAGCUCCGCUCACUCUCAAGUGCGCAGUAAAGCCGGAGCGAGCCACAGUGAGAAGAGCCGGGAGGCGUCCAGCCAGAGGGUGCAGCGGCAGCCCAGCGCCACCAGGGGGCAGAAGACCAAGAGCUCCGGCAGCAGCAGCUCCUCCUCCCAGAUCAACUCCACAUGAAGCACCAGGUCAAUAUGAGACCGUCUGUAAAUAUCUAGUUAUCUCUACGUUUAAGUUAUCUGUAUGUUUUACUGUGCAAAUGUGUGUUAAAGGGUUGCUUUACUCAAAUUACAAAACAUCUUUAAAAAAAAAAAUGGAGCUCUGGUUUAUUUGCCUCGUUUUUAAAUACCUGAU